GCUGGCUUUGGAUUUUGGAAUAACAAAAGGCUAAAAAAAGAGAGGAAGAAAAAAAGCUCGCUCCUUUCUAUUCCACCCCCCCUCUCCAUCUCUCUCUUCCGGAAGGAGGACGCGGCUCAAACCCUAGAGGAAGGAGGGCAAGGGAUCGAGGAGGAGGCCGCGUGGUGACCCAUAUGUGAGCGCAGGAAUCCGGUGGAGGCUUCUCGUCACUUGUCUCCUCUUCCUCGCAUCCAAUCCGAGGUGCUGUCAUUGAUCUUUAAUUCCGGGUAAUCAAGAGGGAGCGUGAAAACCUUCCAUCGAUCAUCAUGGUUGCUUCCAUGGCGGUGGCCUCGGCCUUCUUCCCCGGCCCGUCUUCCUCGUCUGUGGUUUCAGCAAAAGCAUCAAAAGCCAUUGGUGAAGGCCCUGAAAACUUGGGCGUCAGAGGCAUUGUAGCCAAGCCUAUGUCAGUGUCAGGUGCCAUGGAGGUUAAGGCGCAGGCCCAAGCACUUCCUAAGGUCAACGGUACUAAGGUCGGCCUGAAAACUGAAGCCCAAAAGGUCGAGGAAGAUUCUCCAUCGGCACCGAGAACAUUCUACAAUCAACUGCCGGACUGGAGCUUUCUUUUUGCUGCCAUAACAACUAUCUUCUUGGCUGCGGAGAAGCAAUUUACCCUGAUUGACUGGAAGCCCAGGCGGCCUGACAUGCUUGCUGAUGCAUUUGGGCUCGGGAAGAUCAUGCCAGAUGGGCUAGUUUUCAGGCAGAAUUUCUCCAUCAGGUCUUAUGAGAUCGGGGCAGAUCGAACAGCUUCUAUAGAGACUUUAAUGAACCAUCUACAGGAAACAGCGCUUAACCAUGUAAGGAGCGUUGGCCUCCUAGGUGAUGGCUUUGGUUCGACCCCUGAAAUGAGCAAGAGAAAUUUGAUCUGGGUUGUCACAAAAAUGCAGGUCAUUGUAGAAAAAUAUCCUUCCUGGGAAGAUGUUGUUGAAGUAGAUUCAUGGGUGGCUCCAUCUGGGAAAAAUGGGAUGCGCCGUGACUGGCAUGUUCGUGACUACCGAACAGGGAAAACUGUUCUGAGAGCAACCAGUGUGUGGGUAAUGAUGAACAAACAGACAAGGAAAUUGUCUAAAAUUCCAGAGGAAGUUAGGGCAGAAAUAGGAUCCUAUUUUGUGGAUCGUGGUCCUAUUAUAGAGGAUGAUAGCAGAAAGCUAGCAAAGCUUGAUGAUAGUACUGCAGAUUAUGUUCGAAAGGGGCUGACUCCUCGAUGGGGUGAUUUGGAUAUCAACCAACAUGUGAACAAUGUUAAGUAUAUUGGCUGGAUCAUCGAGAGUGCCCCGAUCUCAAUCCUGGAGAGCCAUGAGCUCGCCGGAAUGACAUUAGAAUACAGGAGGGAAUGCGGGAAGGACAGCAUGCUGCAAUCGCUCACGGCUGUCGACGAUGACGACGGCGAUGGCAGCGCCCCUGAAGGAUCACCCGGGGCUGGCAUCGAGUGCCGGCAUCUUCUGCGUCUCGAAUGUGGGGCCGAGAUCGUGAGGGGUCGGACCGAGUGGAGGCCUAAGCGUGCCCAGGGUCUCCAAACCAAGGGGCCACUUCAAGCUGCGACCGUGUAAUGCGACGAUGGAUCUGAUCGGUGUCUUGCUCUACUGCAUGAUUACCACUCUGUGGUAGGAGAUGGAGACCAUAUAAAUACAACAGCUUGUAUCAUCUGUUUUCUUUUCUACGCUUUUGUUCGCUUUUGGAUCGUAUUGGUGCCUUAUGUAAUUAAUCAUCACGGAUUAUUGUUUGCAA